UGCAGUUUGUCCUGCUGUAGUUCUGACUGAGCUGGGAAGUCUCCAGACGAAGGAUGUGGGAGAAUAGGCAAGGGUUCUCUGCAGUAGAUAUGUGUCUCGGUUAGACAGUAUAUACAUCUGUUUGUCAAUUUCUGGAUCCUCUACUGCACCCAAUACGUUACCGUUUUCAACCGUUUUGUUCAUUUUAAUUUAUAUUUGCGUUUGAUUUAUAAAAAUUGCCGCUGCUGCUGGGAUUAUGAGAUUGAUUUGCUCAAUCUCAUCUGCGAGAAAGCAUCAAUCUGCACGUCCUCAUCAAAUCGUGUUCUGUUCUUCGAAUUGUGGUUUUUAAAGAAAUUGGGCCAACUUGUUUUGGAUUUUGAAUGGUUCUGCUUCUACUGGUUCUUUUUCCACCUAUCUCUCAAAUUAUACGGGUUUCGUAACGGAACUGUAUCUAAUUUGUGGUUAAUUCAUUUGAAGAUCACGUCGUGACACGUAGAUUGUCAUUGGCGUUCCUGUUUUGUGGCUUUUUGAAACAAUAGGUGUUUUGAAGUAUCUGGGUGGAUCAUAUUUUUAAUAGACCAGGACAAGACACCAAGUGCUGUUGUCAUAAUUCAAAACAAGAUUUUAAAAAGAUAAGCACACGAAGGUCUGUGAAUGAGAUUGUUACACAUAUAGUUAUCGUAAAACUGGCAUUGUUAACGUCUCUGAGAGACUGACAAUAGGGCUAUACCGAAUUGAUUGGUAAAUACUAUACCGUAGGUGGUAUUUUUAUUUUUAUUUUAUUUAUUUUUAACAAAUAUAUAUAUAUAUAUAUUUUUUACAACAAAAAUGUCCCAUAGUAUCCGGAGUAUCGAACUGGAACACUUUGAGGAGCGGGACAAGGCACACAGGUCGUACAGGGGCGCCGGUACCGGGUCCGGGUCGGGGUCCAGAGGGAACGGGCUGAUUCCAAGUCCAGCUCACAGUGCCCACUGCAGCUUUUACCGUACCCGUACUCUCAAAGCGCUCAGCUCAGAGAAGAAAGCCAAAAAAGUUCGAUUUUACAAAAACGGAGAUAAGUAUUUCAAGGGACUAAUUUACGCUGUGUCCAGUGACCGCUUCAGGUCUUUCGAUGCCCUGCUCAUGGAGCUUACCAGGUCCCUUUCUGACAAUGUUAACCUGCCGCAAGGAGUCCGGAUCAUAUAUACAGUUGAUGGAACCAGGAAGAUCUCAAGUAUGGAAGAGUUGGUAGAAGGGGAAAGCUACAUUUGCGCCUCCAACGAGCCGUACCGCAAAGUAGACUACAUGAAGAACGUGAACCCCAACUGGUCUGUAAACAUCAAGGGCAGUGGGGCGCGCUCCCUCUCCUCACUGGGCUUGCUGAAGAGUGAGAUGAAGGAGAGCAAAGACUUCAUUAAACCCAAGCUGGUGACAGUGAUUCGGGGUGGGGUCAAGCCGCGGAAAGCCGUGAGGAUUCUCCUGAACAAAAAAACUGCCCACUCCUUUGAUCAGGUCCUGACAGACAUCACUGAUGCCAUCAAGCUGGACUCUGGGGUUGUGAAGAGGCUGUUUACUCUAGAUGGGAAGCAGAUCACCUGCCUGCAGGAUUUUUUUGGAGACGAUGAUGUAUUCGUUGCCUGUGGACCGGAGAAGUACCGUUAUGCUCAGGAUGACUUUCUAUUGGAUCACAGUGGUAAGGCUUCCACAGCCUUUGAGACUGAGUGCCGGGUGAUCAAGUCUUCAUACUCACGGUCUGCCACACCUGGACGGCAGUCUGGAUCAAAGAGCCCCGGACCCUCGCGGCGGAGCAAGUCCCCGGCCUCAGUAAGACGAGGUGGACAGUAUUCCACAGGCUAUUCGCCAGCCAAGUCCCCAGUAAAUGGGACCCCCAGUAGCCAGUUGUCAACACCCAGGUCCACCAAAUCCUCCAACUCCUCUCCAACUAGCCCAGGCAGCCUCCGCGGGCUCAAGAUUCCUCCCCAUUAUGGUUCUGCCUCCAAUGUGAACGGUGCCCCUGUUGAGAGUAAUUGUCUGAGCCCUGAAGCAGUUAACGGGAACAAAUGUUUGUCCACCUCGGCCAUCCUGGACAAAUACAAGAUCGGAAAGGUGAUUGGAGAUGGCAACUUUGCGGUUGUGAAGGAGUGUGUAGAAUGGUCCACUGGUAAGGAGUUUGCUCUGAAGAUAAUUGAUAAAGCCAAAUGUAGUGGAAAGGAGCACCUUAUUGAGAAUGAAGUGGCAGUGCUGCGAAGAGUGAAGCACCCCAACAUCAUCAUGCUGAUCGAGGAGGUGGACACUGCGGCAGAGCUGUACCUGGUCAUGGAGCUGGUGAAGGGUGGAGACCUUUUUGAUGCCAUCACAUCCUCGACUAAGUACACAGAGAGGGAUGCCAGUGCCAUGGUGUACAAUUUAGCCGGCGCUCUCAAAUACCUGCACUGUCUGAAUAUUGUUCACAGGGACAUCAAACCUGAGAACCUUCUGGUCUGUGAGCAUCCUGACGGCACCAAGUCUCUGAAGCUGGGAGAUUUCGGCUUGGCCACUGUGGUGGAGGGGCCCCUCCAUACAGUCUGUGGAACCCCCACCUAUGUGGCUCCAGAGAUCAUUGCAGAAACUGGUUACGGCCUGAAGGUGGAUAUCUGGGCUGCUGGUGUCAUCACUUACAUCCUCCUUUGUGGGUUUCCCCCAUUCCGCAGUGAGAACAAUCUUCAAGAGGACCUUUUUGACCAGAUACUUGAGGGACGCUUGGAAUUUCCAUCUCCCUACUGGGACAACAUCACUGACUCGGCUAAAGAGCUGAUUGGUCGGAUGUUGCAAAUCAAUAUGGAAGCACGGUACACAGCAGAGCAAGUUCUGGCUCAUCCCUGGGUGGCUGAUGAUGCUGCCAUGGAGAAUAACAUGCAGGUAGAAGUUACAGGUAAACUAAAGAAGCACUUUAACUCUGCACCAAAGCAGAAUAACACCUCGGCCGGAGUGUCAGUCAUCAUGAACACGGCUCUAGAUAAGGAGAAGCAGAUCCUGGUCAGCAAGCGCUGUCAAGAGGCCAGUGAAACCGUCGCAGAGAAAAAACCUCAACUCGCCCAGGCUGAGGACCCUGAGACGCCCUGGGCUGGCACUGUCACUGCUGUCUCCCUUCCUGCUUCAUCUGAGCCAAUACAGUUGCCCACCUCAUUGCCACCUCCAUCGACCCCCACCACGGCAGACACACCAACAGCAGCACAUCCGCUGCCUCCUGUCAGCAUGCAGUGCAGAGCUGGGGCUGCUGAAUCCUGAGAUUACCUGACCAGGCCGGCUACCAGACUUUCUCCAGAAAGGAGACGCACUGCAAGAGGCCCAGCCUACUCAACUUUAUGUUUAUUAUUACCAACUACUCGCAUGUAGGGGUUAGAGCAGGGGUGGACAAUUCCAGUCCUGGAGGGCCGGUGUCCCUCCUGGUGUUUGUUACAACUGACCAAUUAAGCGUCUAAUAAGCACAUUCAUUUAGGGUACAGUUGGAACAAAAACAAGGAGGGACACCGGAUCUCCUGGACCGGAAUUGCCCACCCCUGGGUUAUAUGCUUUGUUCCAGUAACACUGCUACUGCUGCGGUAGACUCUGGCAGCCUCUGAUGGUGUGUGCUGGCACUAUGUCAUUUCAACCAAUAUUUGUUUUAGAGGGCAUUUUUUUUUGUUUUGUUUUUGUACAUAUAGUAUAAGCUAUGAAAAUAGGUUUGAUAUGGUUUUGUAUAUGGCACUGCAAACCAUUUCUGGUGAUGUUUUUAGCCCCCCACUCCCCACAUGCACGUCUGUUUACACCAUUAACUUACUAUAUUUUACACUGGCUGGAUCGUCAUGUAGUUUUGCCUGUUUUUAUUGAAGGAAAAAAAAAAAUGUACUUAACUACAGUGUAUUGUUCCUGCCUGUGCACAAACAUCAGCAAUGCGAUUAAGAGCCUAUUUGAAACCAUGAUCAGGACCUUAAAAGGGUUAACCGCAGUACACUGAAGAGGCUCAAUAGGAGCUGAUUUAAAAUAAAAGGUAUUUAUUUGUACAAGAAAUAAAAGUGAGGUGUUACGAGGUUUUCAAAAGUUUUGUUUGUUUCUCCUGAUUGUUGUUUCUAAUCAUGAGCGUUUUUUUCUGUAAACUGUAAAUGGUUAAAUCUAACACUGCGCUUCGAUGACUGUUGUUCACUGCAUGUCACAUACUUCAUUCAAACAGCAAUUCCAGACAUCACCCAGUAGGACAACUAGAUGUACAAAGUAGGUGCUAGAUGUAACCUUGUUAGCAUCCAGUAUAAAUGUUCUUUCUUCCUUUUUGUUUUUGAAAUGCUUACAGUAUGACCUGUUAUUGAUCAUUUCAGCAACGAAAACAGUUUACCCAGGUGGUUGGAGUUGUAAAUCAGCGAGGAACUAUAUAGAAGGACUAUAACAUUGAGGCUGUUUUUGAUACAAGCUUUUUCUCUGACACACGCAAGUGUUCAUCGUUGUCUUUUCUGUUUUCAUUGUCAUUAGUUAAAAAUGUGAGCUUUUAUUUUGUAUUAGAAAUAAAUCAGAACACUGAAAUCCAUGCAAUAAAGUCCUUCUCCUCUCAAA